AUGGAAACGGGGAGUGCAGCCAGGACAAACGGCACCGCCAGCAAGCCCGAGGACGUGAAGAGCCCAACUACCCCCAAAAAAGAAGAGGAGGCCAAGAAGGCCACGAGCCCUGGCGGAGGCGAGAAAGAAGCUAUAAAAGGCACGGGCGGCGCUGCGUUGGAGACAGGGCAGAUCAAGAGCUCCCUCUUCUCUGGGAGUGACUGGAAGAGGCCCAUCAUUCAGUUUGUGGAGUCAUCCGACGAGAAGAGGUCAACCUACUUCAGCAUGGACUCGGCCGACUCCAAGAAGAUGCAGUUCAACAGCGGCCAGAUCGGAGACAUGAGGAGACCAGGCCUCAACUUCCCGGAGAAGGGCGACCUCAGGAAGUCCCUGUUCUCCUUGGAUUCCAAAAAGAGCUUCCUGUCCGCUGACGGGGAAGGGAGGAAGUCCCUGUUCUCCGCGGGGGACCUGAAGAAAUCCUCCCUGCCGCUGGUGGAGACGGGGGACCUGAGGAGACCCUUCAACAAGGCCGAGCGCGCGGCGGGCUCGCGGCCCCGCGUGAAGCUGGAGGACGUUCUCUGCGACUCCUGCAUCGAUAACAAGCAGAAGGCUGUCAAGUCCUGCCUGGUGUGCCAGGCCUCCUUCUGCGAGCUGCACCUCAAGCCCCACCUGGAGGGAGCAGCGUUCCGGGACCACCAGCUCUUGGACCCCAUCAGGGACUUCGAGGCCAGAAAGUGCCCCGUGCAUGGCAAGACCAUGGAGCUGUUCUGCCAGACAGACCAGAUGUGCAUCUGCUACCUCUGCAUGUUCCAGGAGCACAAGAACCACAGCACGGUGACAGUGGAGAUCGAGAAGGCGGGCAAAGAGACCGAGCUGUCGCUGCAGAAGGAGCAGCUGCAGCUGAAGAUCAUCGAGGUGGAGGAUGAGGUGGACAAGUGGCAGAAGGAGAGGGAUCGCAUCAAGAAUUACACCACCAACGAGAAAGCCACGGUGGACCAGCACUUCAAGGAGCUGAUCCGUGACCUGGAGAGGCAGAGGGAUGAGGUGAAGGCUGCCCUGGACCAGAGGGAGAAGAUUGCCUCGGAGAACGUGAAGGAAAUCGUGGAUGAGCUGGAGGAGAGGGCGAAGCUGCUGCGGGAGGACAAGGAGAACAGGGAGCAGAUCCACCAGAUCAGCGACUCCGUGCUCUUCCUGCAGGAAUUUGGGGCUCUGAUGAGGAAUUAUGUGCCCCCUCCAUCCCUCCCAACCUACAGCGUGCUGCUGGAAGGGGAGAGCAUGAGCCCAUCCAUGGGGCUGCUCAGGGAUGAUCUCCUCAACGUCUGCAUGAGGCACGUGGAGAAGAUCUGCAAGGCAGACCUGGGCCGCAACUUCAUCGAGAGGAACCACAUGGAGAACGGGGAUCACCGGUUCAUGAUGAACAACUACGAGUGGAACCAGCCUGACAACCUGAAGAGAUUCUCCAUGUUCCUGUCUCCCAAAGCCAAUUUCAACCCACGGUCAUGGGAAUUUUCCUCCUUCCAAGCGACCGAGGAAACACUUGUAGGCAAUGGCACUAAGCUGCCUUUUCAGUUCUCCUCGGUGGGACAGAAUCCGCCCGGUGACUUCAGCAAACAGUCUGAUGGGAGCCUCUUCACUAAGACCGCCUACCCUUCCAUAGUGAGGCACCAGUCUGCAAAGGUGACACCACAGACGUGGAAAUCCUCCUCCAAGCAGUCUGUAUUGGAUGCAGAUUAA